AUGGAAGAGCAAUAAAAAAUAAAAAUUCUUGUCACAGGGGGAACUGGUCUUGUAGGCUCAAAUUUAAGGGAGCUAGUCGAGUAUUAUUAGUCAUCUUAGGUUGACAUAGCAGUUGAAGAUGCUACCAAUAAACUAGAAUAGGAAUAGGAUAAUUAAUCACUAGAUAACUUCAUUAGGGCUAAUGUUCAAAAUCAUGAAUUCAUAUACCUCAGUUCUAAGGACUGCAACUUGCUUGAUGGUGAGCAUGUAAAAGAACUAUUCAGGAAGCACAGACCUACAUAUGUAAUUAAUUUGGCAGCUAGAGUUGGCGGAUUAUUUGCAAACAUGAAUAACAAAGUCCAAUUUUAUGAGGAAAAUAUACAGAUGCAGAUGAAUAUAAUCAAAGCAUGUCAUGAGUUUGGAAUCAAAAGAUUAAUAUGCACCUUAAGUACAUGCAUAUAUCCUGAUAAAAUAGAGUAUCCAAUAGCAGAGGAAGAUCUUCAUAAAGGUCCCCCUCAUCCAUCAAAUGAAGGUUAUGCAUACGCAAAAAGACAAUGUUAAAUACAAUGUCAAAUAUACAAUGAAUAAUUUGGAACUGAUUUUCUUUGCGUGGUUCCAACUAAUAUAUAUGGAAAAUAUGACUAAUAUAACGAGUCUUCUAGUCAUGUCGUUCCUGCUUUAAUCAGAAAAGCAGCGAAGGCUAAAGAAGCAAAUUCUGAAUUUUUAGUGCUUGGAUCAGGUUCACCUUUAAGACAGUUCUGUUAUGCUCCUGAUUUAGGGAAAUUAUUGCUCUGGGUACUUUACAGGAAAGAAAGUCUUCCCCUUAUAUCUUUAGUUCCGGAAGAAGAAUACACGAUUAAAGAGUUAGCAGAAAAUAUUGCUUAGAUAUCAGGAAUUGAAAAUAUUGUAUUCGAUACUACUAAAGCAGACGGAUAGUACAAGAAAACAAUGAGCAAUAAACUGCUAUAGUCAAAGCUUAAGUACUUUAAGUUCACUGACUUAAAAGAGGGACUAAAAAUGACAAUAGAAAAUUUUAAAAAUGAGACUAGGUUAUGA